AUGGCGACGGCAACCAUCACCGAGUUCGUAACCCGGACCGUCAAUGCCACCGCCGCAACCGCCACCACUUCCAACAGAGCAACCCCCCAGGGCGGCAUCUUCGAACAUGUCAACCCGACGCACUACGACACCAAAAACCCCAUCACCCUCUUCAUCAUCCAAGCCAGCCUGGUCAUCAUCCUGACACGGCUGAUCCACUGGCCGCUCGCUCUGGUCCGCCAACCCCGAGUCAUCGCGGAGGUCAUCACGGGCAUCGUGCUCGGUCCGUCGAUCAUGGGCAGGAUAGAUGGCUUUUCGACAACGAUUUUCCCGACGGCGUCGAUGCCCGCGUUCUCGCUGGCCGCCAAUCUAGGGCUCGUCUUGUUCUUGUUCCUGGUUGGCUUGGAGGUCGAUAUUCGCUUCCUGGUCAGUAAUUGGCGCAUCGCCCUCAGUGUCGGGGCGCUCGGGAUGGCCAUUCCUUUUGGCUUGGGUGCCGGCAUUGCUUAUGGCCUGUACCACGAAUUCCGUGACGACCCCGGUCUAGCCCCCAUCAGUUUUGGUGUCUACUUGCUGUUCAUUGGUGUGGCGAUGGCCAUCACGGCCUUCCCGGUUCUGUGCCGUAUUCUGACCUCGCUCAAACUGCUCGGCACGCCCGUGGGAGUCAUUGUACUGUCAGCCGGCGUUGGAAACGACGUCGUGGGCUGGAUUCUCCUGGCCCUGUGCGUUGCCCUGGUGAACUCUGGCGCAGGCCUCACCGCAUUAUACAUCCUCUUGGUCGCGGUCGGCUAUAGUCUUCUGGUGGCAUAUCCCAUUCGCUGGGCGUUUAUCUAUAUGCUUCGUCGAACAGGUAGCUUGGCCAACGGACCGACGCAAUCCGUCGUUGCAAUUACCGUUAUGCUCGUACUGGCUUCGUCUUUUUUCACUCAAGUUAUCGGAAUACACGCCAUCUUCGGAGCUUUCAUGAUUGGUCUCAUUUGUCCGCAUGAGGGCGGUUUUGCCAUCAAACUGACCGAAAAGAUUGAAGAUUUGAUCUCUGUUUUAUUUUUGCCGCUAUAUUUCGCUCUCUCUGGAUUAAACACCAAUCUGGGUUUACUUAACAGUGGAAUCACAUGGGCUUAUGUUGUUGGUGUUUGUGCCAUUGCUUUUAUUGGCAAGAUCGCAGGUGGUACCCUGGCAUCCCGCUUGAAUGGGUUGGUCUGGCGCGAAUCCCUCACGAUUGGAUGCCUCAUGUCCUGCAAAGGUCUUGUGGAACUUAUCGUGCUCAACAUUGGGUUACAAGCCCGUAUCCUCAGUACAAGGACAUUCACGAUAUUUGUCGUCAUGGCAUUGAUUACGACAUUUGCCACCACUCCUCUAGUUGUAUGGCUGUAUCCUCCAUGGUACCAGCAAAAGCUCGAGCUGUGGAAGCAGGGCAAGAUCGACUGGGACGGAAACCGACUUCAUCAUGAUGAUGAAGAGGAUGAGAACUCCAACUUCAGCGAGCAGAACGCCCUCAAGAAGACCGACGUGGCGCGGAAAGUCCUGGUCUACCUACGGCUUGAUGGCUUGCCUUCGCUUUUCACCAUGGUGUCCCUGUUCGCUCGAAAACGCGAAGAUCUAGACACGCUUUCGCCCCCGAGCUCACCGGCGGCUACGCGAGAGGGAGCAACGUUCGAGGGCGUCAUGUCGCAACCACAGGCAAUGAGUUCUGUAGUCACCCUCCGCCGGCCGCUGCAAGUCCAUGGUUUACGCCUGAUGGAACUGACAGAGCGAGAAUCGUCAGUGAUGAGAGUGAGCGAGAUUGAGGAAUUCGCGUCGCGCGACCCGGUGAUCAAAGCAUUCGGCACAUUUGGCCAGUCUCGAGACAUCGCGGUUGGAGGCCAAAUCGCUGUUGUGCCCGACCACUCUUUCUCCGGUACCUUGCUCACCCGCGCGCGAGAUCUACGAAGCGACCUGAUCCUCCUCCCGUGGUCGGAAACCGGCACGAUGAGCGAACACCCGAAUCUCUUCGACGCGAAGCCCACGAACCCACUCGCAAACUCGGCUUUCUCCUCCCUCGCUGCCGAAGUCUUCCGCAAAGCCCACGACAACUGCAGCGUAGGCGUGUUCAUUGACAAAACGGCCCUCACAGCCGGAGAUCCUCCCUCCACAAGCAGUCCCGUCGAGACACGGACUGGCAAACCCCUAGCCCGUACAGUAACAGGCAUGAGCGUCGUCGAGCAGACCAACCCAACCGUACAUUUCAAACUGUCAGACUCAGGCCGCUACCGCCUGUUCGUGCUAUACAACGGGUCGGAAGACGACCUGUACGCCGUGAAACUUGGGCUGCAAUUCGUGCGCAACGACGCCGUCGACCUCAUCAUCCUAAACAUCCGCCCCUCCAACUCGACCAAUGACCACGACCACGACGCCGACGAAACCGACGCCGAACUCAAACCCUCGCGCCGUGGCCCAAACACGCGCCCAGGAGACUUCGAAUUCGAAACGCUCCGCCCUCUGCCCACCUCCCUCAACGCGCGCGUCACCUUCAUCGACCUGGACAUCUCAGCGCUCGACGCCAUCACCGCGGCGAUCGCCGAGCCAUCCGCGGCCGAGACGAUCGUGCUGGUGGGGCGCAGCAUUUCCGCGUCGUCCUCAUCGUCGUCCACGCCGGGGUUCACAUCGCUCGCGAACUCCGGCAUCAUCCUGGGCGGUGGUGGAAGUAGUUCUGCCGCGCUGGACACGCGCGUGCUGGGUCCGUUGGCAACGCAUCUGGUCCGGGCGGUCAGGGAGAAGGCGCUCGCGACGGCGUUGUUGGUCGUGCAGGGCCGCAGGGUCGAUGAUGAGGUUGUGGGCGGGGUGGGCCCGGGGGCCAAUGUCAAUGUUGGUGUCAAUGUUGCAGCGGGGUUGCAAGGCGCCAAGGAGGUUAAGGGCCUGGUGAGGAAGGCGAGUCAGUUGAGCGAUGAUUGA